UGCUUCUCGUGCCUGCGUCGUCUUCUUCAACUUAACGAGGAGGAAGCACCGCAACAAGUAACAACGAAUGGUUUCCGAGAAGCACAGCUUCACAGAACCUCGCAUUUCCACAGAAACUCCACUUACCGUGGCUCCACGUCAUCACUUCCCGAUCCCCUAUUCUCUCCGCAGCAUUACAGCCAAUUCCCAAGCCCUAACGCCGCCGCCCCCGGCGCGAAUAUCCGAAAGCCUAUCCGGGGCUCCGUCGCCGAGUUUGAGCUUCAUAAGAAUCAUGGAUUCAAACCCGUUGAAGGAGCAAGAGGCGUCGAAUUCGAUUGUUCCCGCCGGUGGCAACAGUUACGCCACGUAUCUGAUGGAGAACCACGCUUUCACGGUUUUCAAGGCGUUCUUCUUGCAUGCUCAGAUGCCAGAAACCACCGCUGACGUGGAGUCCAGGGGGUUGAAUGCUUGCGUCGCUUGUGCUUGUUUGCGGAUAGCAGGAUAUACAUCACAAAUAUCUUUGAUUAAUGUUUGCUGUCUGUGGUGCAUUCUUGGAUUGCUCAAGCGCACUCUUGACAGUGUAGACUCUUCUAUCAGAACUAUCAUCUUUGCAAUCUAGAGCUGAAAAAUUUGAAGCAACAUCAUCUAAAAUUUUUUAUGUUGAAAAAUCGAGGAUUUGUUAGCUGGAGGAGUUACAAGAAGCAAUAAGUCACUGAAGAUGCUAAAAUCAAGGAAAACAAUAGGAGUGAACUUGAAAGGCUUGAUAGAGAUAGGCAGGCUGACUUCUUAAACAUGCUGAAAUGAUUCAUAGUUUGUCUGGUAUUACUUAUGUCUGUUCUUUAUCAUAUUUGAUUAUUAGAGAUACCCUAGAACUUAUCCCUCCUUAAGUGGAAUCUGUAUUUUCCUUUGAUAGCUCAUAGUCUCCACUUAUAAAGAUAAUGAUUACUAAAGGAUUAACCAUGUAGCUUUUACUGGUGUGUUU